AUGGCCUGUUAUCUACCGGAUCAUCUUGUUCGAUGUUUAAUAUGUAAAAACUUGUUUUCUGAUGCUCGUCGUCUUCGUUGUGGUUGUGUCUAUUGCUAUUUGUGUUGUUUAAAGAUCGCUAAUAACUACACGUUAUCAUGUCCUUGUUCAGCUAUACAUCGAUUUCAAACACAAAUUGAAUUCGAAAAGUCUUUAGUGAUCGAUAGUGUUGUCAAUGAUCUUGUCAGUCAACAUAUUAAAAAGAAACAGAAUUCUGCAAGGAAACUAGUUGAUUACGAUGUUGAUUGCACGUCGCCUUCAGCCAUCGAAGAGGACACUCGUUUCAAUGAUCAUCAAACAAGUAUUUCAGUAUGUUCAUCGAACAUACGUAAACAAGUUGCUGUUGCUCAACCGCCGUGUACCAUUUGCAAGAAAAAAUCUCAUCUGAUUGUUCUUUGUGAACAUUGCCAAUGCGAUAUAUGCGAAUUGUGCAUCGGACAGCAUUAUCAAUCGAUUACGGAUGUUCUACACGAGAAAUGGAAGCAAUGUAAAGAUAAAUUCCAUCAAAUAAACGAACAUGUUCUUCUAUCGCAUCAAAACCGAACGGAUGCGACGUCAAAACUCGAUACAAUCAGAAGAACGAUCGAAGAUAGAAGUCAAAAUCUGAAGACAAUUAUCGAUCAACAUCGACAAACAUUAGCAACACGCAUUGAUAAUCAUAUGCAGAAUCUCGAAAAAAUAGUGAAGACAAAUAACGUCGAUAAUGAUUACCAAUCGAUUCGAGAACGUUUACCAAACAUUUUUGAAGAACAAACAAAUGUAUCGGAUUUGGUUGCAUUUCUUGGAGAAACAGAAGAUCUUCUAGAAAAACUAGUUUGGCGUGAUAAGCAGAUAAAAGAGAUCGAAAUGAAAAUUCCUUACCUGUCUCAAGCUGACGCAUUCUCUAUUAACAUCAGUCAAUUUAUUGGUGAACUCAAAUUUGAUGAUCAAUCAUCGUCCACAGACCAGGGAAUAAGAUCUACGACAAGUGAUAAUCAAGAAAUAAAACCCAGUGACAACGUUGUAUCACCACUGGCGCUAGAAGCACCCGAACGAACACGAUUUCCUCGUCGGAUGCGAUCGUCAUUUCGAUCACGCGGUGCUGAACGUGGAAUUCAACAUCUGUCACAUUUACUCAGGCCACCGGCUCGAAACUAUCAGUAUUCCCGAAAUUCACGAUCCUCCGGUAGUCGUUAUUCACGUGGUCGUGGAUUGUCCUAUUCACAUACUCCACUACUUCAACCCAAUGAAACUAAUUUUGACACUAUACCAAACAAUCGAUACCAAUGGUCUAUCAGUUUCAAAGAUAUUCCCUUCUUUUUGUAUGUACUCGACAAUCGUAAUCGAGCUCGACAGGCUGAUGUCCGUGCUCAUCAUAAACACGAUUAUAUGUUAUUUAUUUCUGAUAAUUAUGGUCGACUUGGUGUUUAUAGUCUACCGAAAUAUAAAACUAAUCUAAAACCAUCGAUUAUCGGUACGGGCGAACUUUUUCCAAAGAAUUCGCGAUUACUUUUGGAAUCAUUUACUGUUUAUGAAUUCGCUAUCGUUGUCUAUGUUCGUCGUUUUGAACAGCGAUCAAAUGAAAUCGAACAUUCCAAAUUGAUCAAGGCUGGCUUACCAAUCCUGAAAGGCGAACAGGGUCGUUGUAAUGAUCAUGGCGGAAUGAUUUAUCUAUUUUCUCAUGGUGGCGAAGAAAUCGACGGCGUUUAUCAAUCACAUCCCAUACGGGCGAUUCUCGCUGAUCAAAUCUACGGUUGUCUAUGGGCUUUGAAUCCAAUGGAAAAUAAUGUGUAUUGUUAUAUGACACCGAACAAAGUGGAUGAAAUUCGAAAAUGUUUACAAGCGGAAGAAAUUCUUUUAGAUUUAUCAGAAGAAUUGUUCGAACCAUCCAUAAUGAUACAAUCCGAUCAUUCAAUUGGUUUGAUUGAUGUUGAACGCGAUGUGUAUCGUUUGUACAGUAAAGACGAUAAACUUCGUUUGAUCACAAUGUAUGAAAAUUCUUGUAAUCAACAAUGGAAAUUAACCGAUGGCGUCAUUUUCAAAGAUAAUCGAAGUUUAUUGAAAUUAAGCGAAGAUAUAUGUUACAAUAGUUUAAACGAAAGAUCGACCGGAGCCAAAUCUCAUAGCAAUCCACGACGGCAGCUGAUGGAAAUCACCUCCGACGGACAAGAGAAACGUCGUAUUCAAGCAGAUACAUUGUAUGGCAUAGCACUCGGCCCAGAUGAUGAACUUAUCAUGGGAUUUUCUCUUCGUGGUGAACGCGUUUUAUCUCAUAUUAUAUCAUUACAGAUGAUUUUCAAAGAGAAAUUCUGUCGGAUUUGUUUCCAGACAUUCAAUGAUCCAAGACGAUUGCCAUGUAAACAUAUCUUUUGUUUUAAAUGCAUUCCGUGUUUACAAUGUGAUGAUUCGGACAGUAGAGAUCAGAUUGUAUUAGCAUGUCGCAUUUGCUUGAGACAUCAUCGGUUUGACGAUUGGUCAGCAGUGAAAUAUUAUGUAACAUUACAUUGUGUACCGUAUCUUACUGCUUUACAGUGCGAUGAACAGAUGAUUCCAGUGCGAGAGAGUUCGUGUCCAGUUUGUUUCAAUGUGGUAGAAGAGAAGUUGGAGUAUUGUCAUCAUUGUCAGAAGAAUCUGUGCAAUCAAUGUUUAAUAUCACAUCGAAUGGAAGUGAAAAAGAGUAUUUUACAAACAAUCGAGCAAUGUCGUAGGUUUAUGCGAAGAACUCAACAGCAUGUUGAACAAACAAGGAAUAAAUUAGAAAAUAUGAAAUUACAUAUUGAUAUUUGUACAUCUGAACGCAAUGACCAGGUAGAUGCGUACACUGUUUCCCUAUUAGCUCAAAUUGACGAACAAAAGUUGCACGAAGAAACGAAUUCCACUUCUGGUUAUGAAUCAUUUGGUGAACAACGAACCAACGAUAACUUUAGCAACAAUGACUCUCUUCGUGAACAGUACAAGUCACAAGCAAAUAUUGCACUAAUCGAAACAACAAUGGCACCUAUUGGUUUACUUGGCGAACUUGUUUCAUCUGACUCCGAACGUUCAAUUGCACCUACGUCACACAUGAGUUGGUCAAUGUCAUGUCCUUUUCAUCCAACUCAUAUUGUAUUUGAAUCUGAGUCAUCGAAACUAUUUCUUUGCACAGAUCGAGGUGACGUCAAUGUUUAUUCGUACAAUACAUCAAAUUUAGCAUUUUUACAACGAUUUUAUUUACAAACCAUUGAAAAAUCUCUUUCGCUGUCUGUUAAAUCACUGAUUGCGACAAGAUCAUUUCUUAUAGUUUCUCUCAAUUCAUCAAUCGAAUCUAUUCUUCAUUUCUACUCACACAAUGGCCAUCUACUACGUUCUCAAUCAUUUCCCAAUGAAUAUAUUAGUCAACUACGCUUCAAUGAUCUUCAUUUAUGGUAUUUGGAAUUGAUUUCUUCUUCGAUAUUCUAUUUUAAGCUUGAUACAACCAACAGCGAAUGUACUGAAAAAACGCAAUUCACAUCUUUUAAACAACAAUCUUUUUAUCCAUUUCGAUUUGCUUUGAAUCAAACACGCGUCGCAGUGAUGGAUCGAUCAACUACUGGAAUUAUUCUUCUCUUCGACAAACAAACAAGUGCCUAUUUGAAACGGUUCGAGUCUCAAUCAUGCGAUUUCGAACUAAGCAAUCAUACGUUACUCUACCGUUUUCUGCAUUCUAUCUCAAUCAUUCAUAUAGAUAACGAACAAGUUCAAGAAGAAAUUCAUUCUAGUAAAACUAUAAAUAUAACCUUAGGGAAGUUAGAUCAUGAGUUUCUACUCAGUACAUAUACGAAUGAGUCCCAUACAUUCGCGAUUCAAUGUUACAGUAAAUAG